AUGCUGGAGUCUAACACAAGACAAUCCACAAAACCACAGGAGAGAGGAUCUGAUAUCAAUGCAAGCCGAUUUCCCCCUCUGUCGUCGUAUUCACCUGCAUUGCCAACCCCGAUCAGAAUAUCAGACGCGUCUAGUGGGUUGAUAAUAUUACGAUCAGAACAAGCAAGCAAUACUACGUUAGAGUAUUUGGCAACUUCCAUAUCCCAAGAUUUGACAUAUCUUAGCGACCUCAGCAAAGUUGGCUAUAGUUACCUGAAACCGAUGGGACUUGAAAAAAGCAUGAAGCAAAUAUCUGAGGAGGAAGAUCACGAUGAUGAUCCUAUCAACUUCGAAGGUGGGGAUGCGUUUACAGCUGCAGACGAAGACGAAGAGGUGGACAACAUUGUUGGUAAUAGUGUUGAGGAGCUUACUCAUUCCCUUCAUUUGAACAAUGAUACAGAAGCCGAUCUUGAUGCUGAUAUUCCAAACAAUGAUGCCUACUCUCUGGAUUUCAACACUGAUAGUGGUGGUGUUGACAAUGAUGAUGAUGAUGAUGAUGAUGAUAGCGACGGCGGCGCUGGCAUCAUGCGUGAUGACAACGCUGUCAUUAAUGAUGCGGAAGCAUUCAUGGCCUCUGAGGAAUAUCAAGAUGAUCAUAGCAUUUCGAUUAAUUGCCCAACCGAGAAUGAUUCAAACCCCCCAACCGCAUAUGUUGCGACUGAUAAUGUACUGCUCCAUUCUGGGCCUCUUACGUCAACAACUGCGACGACUGAAACGUCUGCAUCAAACCAAAUAAGAACUGGUCGUGCUGGUCGAGAAGGAGAUGAGACUGCAACAGGUGACACCUCUCCACAAACUCCAUAUAUGCAUUCGCAUGAUCAUGCUGAUUUACAAGACAGUCCCUGUUUAAGGUCCCCCGGGCUGAGAAUAGAUGUUCAUGCAAACACCACCAGGUCAUCUGAUUAUGACAUGACUAUAGAGUAA